AUGGCCGACACCAACAUGAUCGUGGUGACGACGCAGGAUUCCGGAAUCCUGGCACGGUUCCUAACCAACCCCGCGGCAUCCCAUCCGCGGCGCGACCGCGCCACCUCCACCACGCAACCCGCGCACCAACGGCGGCCCAAUAAAUCCCCUGCGCUCCGCGUCCGCCGGCACGCAACCCUAGCCUCCCUCCCCUCCUCCUCUGCCGCCGCUGCCGCCAUGGUGAGCGCCGAGGCCGGCAUCGACUACGUGCUGUGGACGGAGGCCGAGGUGUCCGCCCGCGUCGGCGAUGUCGCCGCCGAGCUCGCGGCCGACCUGCGCGCGCUGCCGGAGCCCGCCGUCGUCGUCGGCGUCGCCACCGGCGCGUUCCUCUUCCUCGCCGACCUCGUCCGCCGCGUCGACGUGCAACUCGCGGUCGACUUCGUGCGCGUCGAGUCCUACGGGGCCGGUACAGUGUCCAGCGGCAAGCCACGUAUCACGGCCGACCUCAAGGUCGACGUGGCCGGCAAGCACGUCGUCGUGGUUGAAGAUAUUGUGGACACAGGGAAUACUCUGUCCUGUCUCAUUGCUCAUUUGGAGAAGAAAGGUGCAUCAUCCAUAUCGGUUUGCACUUUCCUUGACAAACCAGCAAGAAGGAAAGUCAGUCUUCAGCUAGUGGGGGAUGGAAAAUUCUACCGAGGCUUUGAGUGCCCAGACUACUUUGUUGUUGGCUAUGGUUUGGAUUAUGCGGAGCUCUACCGUAACCUGCCUUAUGUUGGAGUUCUCAAGCCCGAGAUGUACAAAAAGGAUUCAAGCAAUUAG